CGCCGCUGCAUUUGCGCUCAAAGUAGCCGCAAAACAGAGAAGCGAUGCAUGCUGGGGAUUGUAGUUCGGGCGGCAAAGUCACCUGACAGCGUGGGAUCUGGCGGAGUACGGAAAGCGAGAGAGGUCAGAAGGAAUGGGUCAGUGACAAUCAACGCGGGAAAUAAUACCAUAGGUUCUGUCCCACAGAACUGCCGGUGCCUUUUUUGACAGAAGAGCUGGUUUGUGGGAUAUCACUGCUCCCAGCCAUGAUUCCUGCAGGGAGUAGGAACGUCUCUGUGCUCCGGUGAUGGUUAUUUUGAGCAGGGUUCUAGCCCUCAGCAAGUUUACGUUUGCAGCUCGUCCUGCAGUUCGUUUCUGCUCUCAUCGUGCCGCAGCAGAAAUGGCCUUGAGGAUCCCAGUUAAUAAAGUUCUGUGUGUGGCGGAAAAGAACGAUGCUGCCAAAGGGAUUGCAGAUCUUAUGUCCAAUAGCAGAAUGCGGAGGAGGGAAGGUUUCUCCAAGUUUAACAAGAUUUAUGAAUAUGAAUAUCAUUUGUUUGGAAAGGACGUGACUGUGGUGAUGACUUCUGUAUCAGGACAUCUGUUAGCUCUCGACUUCCAGGACCACAUGAAAAAAUGGCACAGCUGCAACCCGGUGUCUCUGUUUGAGGCAGAGGUGCAGAAGUACUGCCCUGAUGACUUUGUAAACAUAAAGCGGACCCUGGAGCGGGAGGUGCGACAGUGUCAGGCUCUCAUAAUAUGGACUGAUUGUGACAGAGAGGGAGAAAACAUUGGCUUUGAGAUCAUCCAUGUCUGCAAAUCAGUCAAGCCAAACUUGCAGGUUUUCCGGGCCCGGUUCUCCGAGAUCACUCCUCGUUCCAUCCGGAUGGCUUGUGAGCACCUGGUACAACCUGACCAGAACAUCAGCGACGCGGUAGAUGUACGAAUGGAGCUUGACCUGCGGAUAGGUGCUGCUUUCACAAGGUUCCAAACCCUCCGCCUUCAGAAGAUGUUUCCCUCUGUGCUGUCCAAUCAGCUCAUCAGCUACGGCAGCUGCCAGUUUCCCACCUUGGGGUUCGUGGUGGAGAGAUUUAAAGCCAUCCAGGCUUUUAUUCCUGAAACCUUCUACAAGAUUAAAGUGACUCAUGAACACGAAGAUGGACUGGUGGAGUUUAGCUGGAAACGGAACCGUCUGUUUAACCACACGGCUUGCCUGGUUCUCUAUCAGAUCUGCAUGGAGGAUCCUAUGGCUACUGUGAUGGAGGUGGGAAGUAAACCAAAGAGCAAGUGGAGACCUGUGGCUUUAGACACUGUGGAGCUGGAAAAGCUGGCAUCCCGCAAGCUGAAAAUUGGAGCCAAGGAAACCAUGAAGGUGGCAGAGAAGCUUUAUACUCAAGGAUUCAUCAGUUAUCCCCGCACAGAAACCAACAUUUUCCCCAAGGACCUUAACCUGACAUCUCUGGUUGAGCAGCAGACGCACGACCAUCAGUGGGGAGGCUUCGCGCAGCGAAUCUUGGAGAGGGGUGGGCCGACCCCACGGAACGGCAACAAGACAGAUCAGGCUCACCCUCCCAUCCAUCCCACUAAAUACACCAACAGUCUGCAGGGAAAUGAACAGCGGAUCUACGAGUUUAUUGUGCGCCACUUCUUGGCAUGUUGCUCCCAAGAUGCACAGGGCCAGGAGACCACGGUGGAGAUCGACAUUGCUGCCGAGCGCUUUGUCGCUCAUGGACUGAUGAUCAUCGCUAGGAACUAUCUAGAUGUCUAUCCCUAUGAUAAAUGGAAUACAAAGAUCAUCCCCGUCUAUGAGAUGGGCACCCGCUUUCAGCCCAGCACGGUGGAGAUGGUGGACGGGGAGACCAGCCCCCCGCAGCUUUUAACAGAAGCCGAUCUCAUUUCCCUGAUGGAAAAGCAUGGGAUUGGUACUGAUGCCACCCACGCUGAGCACAUUGAGACCAUCAAGUCGCGCAUGUAUGUGGGUCUCACACCAGAGCAGAGGUUUCUUCCUGGGGAGCUUGGAAUGGGGCUUGUGGAAGGGUAUGAUUCUAUGGGCUUUGAAAUGUCAAAACCGGACUUGCGCGCUGAGCUGGAGUCGGACCUGAAGCUGAUCUGUGAAGGGAAGAAGGAUAAAUUUUCAGUGCUGAGACUGCAGGUACAGAAGUACAAGCAGGUCUUUGUGGAGGCAGCAGCCAAAGCCACCAAGUUGGACGAGGCCUUGUCUCAGUAUUUUGGCCAAGCAGCACAGCCGGUGCCACAGGAGGAAAUCUAUGCCGACACCCCACUUCCUGUACGGAAAUGCCCUCAGUGCAACAAGGACAUGGUGCUGAAGACCAAGAGGGAUGGAGGGUUCUUCCUUUCCUGCGUGGGGUAUCCCGGCUGUAAGUCGUCCGUCUGGUUCCCCAGCUUUGUCUUGGAGGUCUCAAGGGAUGAAAGUAUCUGCGGCACGUGCAAGCCACACCCAGUGUACAAGCUGAAGAUGAAGUUUAAGCGCGGCAGUGUCCCGCCCCUCAUGCCGCUGGAGUUUGUCGGCUGCAUCGGCGGUUGCGACGAAACACUUCGGGAAAUCCUGGACCUGAAAUAUCUGCAUGGCGGUAACAGGGCCCCCCAGGCAGCCCCACGAGAGAGCAACCACUUGCAGGUGAACCAGACCAGUAAUCGUAUGGGGAACAGCGGGGAUGGCCGAGGGCGCCAACCGCAGGCUAAAACUCUGAAACCUCCUGUGGCCAAACCUUCUGCCUCCAGAGGAGUUGCCCCCACCCCCAGCAGCAGUGAGAGCAAUGAAGUGGUGUGUAAUUGUGGUGUAGCGGCCGUGCAGCUGACUGUACGUAAGGAAGGACCCAACCAGGGCCGGCCCUUCUACAAGUGCAACGGCGGAGCCUGCAACUUUUUCUUAUGGGCGGAUCAGGCCGAUAGUGGCAGUCCGAAUGCUCAGGGUGGGCACACUACAGGGCGUCCUUCCAAUGCCUUCAGCAACCCGAGGGCAUCCGAUAGCUUUAGGCCUGCAGGAGGGGGCAGCGAGCCAGGAUCUGAGGGGCAGGCAGUGUGUAUGUGCAACCAACCCGCCGUCACCCGUACUGUCCAGAAGGAUGGCGCCAACAAAGGGCGGCAGUUCCAUACCUGCUCCAAACCCAGAGAGCAGCAGUGCGGCUUCUUCCAGUGGGCCGAUGAGAACGUUCCUCCAGCCUCCUCCAGUGAAUUCUCCGGUUCCUUCGGGGGAAGUUCAUUCAGCGGAGGAUCAGGGGCCCCACGAGGCUUUGGGAAGAAAAACAAACGUUCUGAGAGCAGUUUCUCGGGCCCAGUAGCAAAGAAGCAGAGAUCUUGUGGGAUCUGCCACCAACCGGGGCACAACAGAACCAACUGCCCUCAGAACAGAUGAGAAACUAAGAGUUUUUAUUGGAACGUUUUACAGCGUCAAUUAGUGGGAAGUUUAGAUUCCAACAAAAAGCGUUGUUAUCACAGACUUUUUAGCAAGGCAUGGCGAGUCUAUAUGUACAUUCAAAUGUAAAAUAAUUGUUUUGGAACUUGUUUGUAUAUUUUUUAUGUUGGAUGGAGAAAUAAUUUUAUACAAUACAUGUGUUCAGAGAUGUUCUAUUAAACAUACAUUUUUAUAAAUAA